AUGUUUAUAAAAGAAACAAACAAAUAUUAUUUAUUAGAAGCUCCAAUGGGACUAGCUAUUUUUAAUAAUAACAGAUUAUUUAGUAUGAGAAAAUAUUCAUCAGUAGAUAACGCAUUUAAAAACAUUACUGGUAUUAAAAAUUUAAAUUUUUCUGAUGAAAUACGAUUAUUUUUUGUUGAAUACAAAAAAGCUGUCAAAGAUUAUGAUUUUUUAAUAGUAAAUGAUAAAGACUUAAAGGAGUAUCUUGAAAGAGAAAUAAAUAUCAGAGCAGAAGUUGAUAUCUCUGCUAUUAAGAAAAUCAAGAAUGAAUUUUUUAGUGUUUUUACUCCAUCACUUUCACUUUACAAUCAGUACGUUGUUCUUUUAAGUAAAAAAUUAUACUCUAAUAACGAAUUAAUUAAUCUCAGUAAUAUUUACGAAACUUUAGAUACUACAAUUAAUACUAGAUGUAUGAGGAUAAGGGAAUGGUAUGCGAUGCAUUUUCCAGAAUUAUCAAGUUUUAUUUCAUCCAAUAACGAAUUUCUUAAUUUUUUAAUAAAAAUUAAUAAAAUUGAUGGAGGUGAUAGUUUAACUGACAAUCAAAAGAUAAAUGAACUUAUUUUAAAUACCGUAGGUAGUAAAGAAUUUACAAAUGAUGAUAUUAAUAAGAUAGUAAAUGAUGCUAGAGAAAUACUUUCAACUAUUGAAUAUAAAAGUAGAAUUAAGAAUCUUUUAAAUAAGAAAACAAAAGAAAUUCUACCCAAUACGUAUGAUUUGUUAGAAGAUUCAAAUCUCAUCAUAAAAUUUUUAAAAAAGACUAAUGGAAGUCUUAAUGAAUUAUCUCUUAUGCCAAGUUCAACACUUCAGAUUUUAGGAGCAGAAAAGUCUUAUAAUAAAAAUAUCAGUAAUAAAGAUAACAAACCACCUAAACAUGGUUUUAUUUAUAGCACUAGUUAUGUUCAGAAUUGUAAUAAUAAAGGCCGAAUAUCAAGAAUGUUAGCAAAUAAGAUAUCAAUUUGUCUUAAAAUAGAUGUAUCAAUACUAUUUGAUGGU